AUGACGUCACCUUCACAAAGAAGAGGUUCUUUCUCUGUUAAACAUGCGCUAUCUUCUUUUUUAUCUCCAUCGAUAACAUCUAGUAUUAAUCAUACAACUUCUCAUUCCUCAAAUAAAUCUAAUUCUAAGUCUAAAUAUAAUUCUACUUCUACUUCUACUUCUAAUUUCAAUUCUAAUUCUAAUUCUAAUUCUAAUUCUAAUUCUAAUUCUAAUUUUGGUUCCACCAAUCUCAAAUCACAAGAUACACAAAAUCUGAAAAACGUAUCUCCUUCUCGAUUAAAAACUACAGGUUCUUUAUCUAAUCGAUCAAUAGGUUCGGAUAAAUCAUCUGACACAACAAAUACGACUAAUUCUACAACUAAUAAAAACAAUAAUAAUAUAUUGAAUCAAUUCUUAUUGUCUCGUGGGUUUAUCAAUCCGAGGAAGAUUAUUGAAAACGAUUUAAAGGAUUUAUCUAUAUCCAUUGCCACAACCGGCCAGUAUGUCUUUCUGCCCACUAUAUCUUCUAAUGAUGAUGAAUAUUUGAUGCAAUUGAAUGGGUUUAAUGAUACUGAUAUGUUUCUUGAUGCUAAUGUUAAUAUUCAAAAUGAUGUAAUAGAUGAUUUAGAUUCCAAUACUUUAUCAAAUAACGAUAAUAAUAAUAAUAAUAAUAAUAAUAAUACAAACACUAGUAAUAUCUCCACAAAUGAUUUAUCCUCAGAAAUACACUCUAAUUCUGUUAAUUCUCCUCAAAAUGAUGAAUUGGAUAGCUCAAUGACCCCAUACAAUAUUGCACUUAUAUUAUCUCUAAAGAAACAAAUUCAUUUAUUGUCUCCUAUACACGUAGAAUUGUGUUCAAGAAUAAAAUUGUUUUGGCAUAAUGGUGUUCCUCCGUCAAAAACCUUUGAUGAGGAAUUCUAUAAAUGUAUAUCCUUGAAAUGGGAUCUGAAUCCAUCUAAACCAACUUGUCUUAUUGAUACCAAUAAUUCCAUUAUUAUGGAUAACACAAGCUCCAAUAAUACAGAUAAUAACCAUAAUAAUAACAAUAAUGAUAAUGAUAAUGAUAAUGAUAAUGAUAAUGAUAAUGAUAAUGAUAAUGAUAGCAGUACUAAGAGAAAAUUCGUCACUGUGAUACCUACUGAACAACGAUACUAUGUAGAUAAGAAAAGAACUAAAACUAUGUUCUUCCAAGAUAUGACAUCCACAAAACAAGAACUGUUGGAGCCUGGUGAAUACAUUUUUAUCUUACCUUGUGUCUUCAGUAACCACGUUCCAGAGACUCUGUACUACCCGUCUGCAAGAGUCAAUUAUUCUUUGAAAGUAGGUACAAUUCAAGGACACUCAAAUUCUACUGAUUUAAUGGAUAAGAAUAGAGAACAUUCAGAUGAAAACCUUAAAUCAAGAAUAUCUAUAACAGUCCCUACCACAAUUGCAAAUGACCCUAUAAUAUCCUCAGAUUCGUGUAUCACCUUGAAUAAAACCGAAUUAGAAAAAGCACAACCUAAAAAAUUGAUUAAAAAUAGGCCAGCUAUCUUUCAAAGAAUGAAAAAUUCAUUCCAUCAUAUCUCAUCAUCACCUGAAAAAGGACCGCUUCAUAUCUCUCCAUCUAUGGAAUUGACUAAAGACCAUCUUUUCGGCGAAUAUCCAAUCAAUGUCAUCAGAACCCCUCCUUUGGUCUCAGUUUCUACUGCAAAUAAACCAAUAUAUAUCAAUAGAAUAUGGACUAAUUCAUUAUCUUAUGAAAUUUCUUUUGCACAGAAAUAUGUCUCGUUGAAUAGUCAAGUCCCAAUAAAGAUUAAAUUAGCGCCUUUAGAAAAAAAUAUUUGCAUAAAGAGAAUCAGAGUAAGUGUUAAUGAAAAGAUUACUUUUGUAUCCAAAAAUUUGGAAUAUGAAUAUGAUCAAGUCGAUCCAGUGGCAAAGGAUCCGUACAAUCCAUAUUAUUUAGAUUUUCAAGCGAAGAGACGUAAAGAAAGAAAUCUUCCUCUGCUAGAAAUUAGAGCAAAGGAAAAAGGUGCAAGAGCUAUAAGAGAGGAGAUUAUAGAGAAUGCAGUUGGUGAUAAUCUAAUGGCCUACUCAACUAUUUCAGACGAUACUAGUAGAAACAGUAAGAAUAAUAAGAACAACACCUCAAGUGGAAUCACUGAACCAAUCACUAUUGAGACCAUUUUGGAUUUCCCUAAGUUUGAAGAUUUUGAUAAAAGAAAGGCUAGAAUUAUCCCUCCAUAUGGAAUUGAUUCUUUUACAAUGAUCCCGAAUCCAGAAUAUUAUCACAACAAUAAAAAUGAUAGCUUACGUCGUAGCAGUGUUAUCGGCAUUCUUACAGGAAACCAUCAUCUUCACCUUUAUGGCCAAAAUCAAAGUCACAAUAACCAAAUUGAUAAUAAUUCAAGCAAAAGUGAAAAUAAUAACACAGUUGGAUCUAGUCAAGAUAAUAAUAAAAACUUUGACCGGAGGUUUCAUCAAACAAAAAUCAAAUCCAAUUUAGGUGUUGAAGUUAAAUUUCAUACUAGAUUAAAUGAAAGUAAGCGUGGUUUGUAUCUGGAUAGUAUGCAUUUCAGUAAUAUCCAUGCAAGACAUAAACUAGAAAUCAUGUUAAGAAUUAGUAAGCCUGAUCCGCGAGAUCCUUCAAGGCUAAGACAUUAUGAAGUAAUAAUAGAUACACCAAUCUAUUUAGUCUCAGAAAUGUGUAACAGUGGUAAUAUGGAGUUACCUACCUACCAUAUGGCUACUUCAAGUGUCGAUAUUUCUAAUACUGUCAGUGUUGUAGCUGAUGGAGUCUCGAAUUCUAAUAAAAAUAUGGUUGUUAGUGAUGAUCCUAUGGAUGGUGCUUUACCACCAAGUUUUGAAGAAGCAAUCUCAGUUCCUAACUCACCUCUAGUAUCACCUAUUGGAUCUCCAAAUAUUAUGGCAUCAUAUGAUCCAGAUAACUUGUACAUCCAGCAAUUAAAUUUAUCUAGGGCGACAUCAGUUAGUGGACCCUCUGGGAUUCCCCAAUCAACGUCAUUGUUUAAUGCAAACAACAUAAAUAAUAAUACUAAUGGUAGUGGUGAUAAUGAUGUUGCUAAUAACAAUAAUAAUAAUAAUAAUAAUAAUAAUGAAAAUGCCACAAAUAAUGAUUUUGUUAAUAAAAGUGAUACUCAAAUAAAUUAUGCAAGUGGGGGUGAACUCAUUUUUAAUAAUUUGGAUCAUGUAUUAAAUUCUCCAACUUUAUUUAAGAAAGAUUAUGAUAUGAACAAAGAUAAUGAUAAUAAUCAUCACAAUGAUGAUAAUGAUGAACAAUAUGCACCUAUUACCACUUCUAGAGAUUUUGUUGAAGAUAAUGUCAAUUCACAUAGUGAUGUAGAGACAUUAUCUGACCCACCAAAUUAUGACGAAGCAAUAAAUACUUAA